AUGAGCUCCCGUCUCUUGAACAAAGUGAGCAUUGUGACUGGAUCAUCCUCGGGUUUAGGCCGGGCCAUUGCACUCCGGUUUGCCCGUGAGGGUGCAAAGGUUGUCUGCUCAGAUCUCAGACAAUCUUCUCGACUUGAAAUCGAGCAAGAGAUUACCCAUGAGUUGAUCAAGAAAGAUGGAGGACAGGCAAUCUUCGUCAAGGCCGACGUUGGGGUUGCUAGGGAGAUAGAGCUCCUCGUCAAGGCGGCGGUGGACGAGUACGGGAGACUAGACAUAAUGGUCAACAAUGCCGGCGUUGCUUUGGAAGCUCUUCGUCCUCCAGCAAUGUGCCACCAGACUGAUAUAAGUAUUUGGGACACCACUCUGAACAUCAACGCCAGGUCGGUAUUUCUGGGCUGCAAAUAUGCGAUCACGCAAAUGCUCAACCAGGAGCCCCACGAGUCUGGAGACCGGGGUUGGAUCGUCAACAUGUCGUCUAUUAUGGCCUUGAUUGCGGGACCAGGAAGUCCAUCAUACUGCGCUUCGAAAGGUGCAGUGAGCAGUCUGACUCGGCAGGUGGCUCUUGACUAUGCUCAGCAUAAAAUCCACGUCAAUGCAAUCUGUCCAGGAUACACCCAAACAGCUAUUUUUAAAGACACGACAGCCAACAGAACAUCCAUCGAAGAUUUGCAGCGAAAGCACCCCUUCAAUGGACCCGGAAAACCAGACGACAUCGCCAAAAUGGCUGUGGUUCUGACUAGCGAUGACGCAUCCUGGGUCACCGGGGUAUCCUGGCCUGUUGAUGGAGGCUACACGGCACGCUAA